UAAAAAGGCGGCGGGUGACGUCAGCGCCUCGCUCUGCCUGCUUUGUUUGUCGCGAGCUGUUUUGGCUUCAGAUUGACCGGAGAGACGACGGGAGACGCUCCGCCGACACCUUUACAGCUUCGUCCUGACCCCGGGGCUUUGCGUUAUAAGCAGCCGCGCUGCGUGUUCGUUAGGCUAUAACCGUGUAGCAACACCGACAGAGAUGCCGUCCGACAGACCCUUCAAACAAAGGAGGACAUUCGCUGACCGGUGCAAAGAGGUCCAGCAGAUCCGUGAGCAGCACCCCAACAAGAUCCCUGUGAUCAUUGAGCGGUAUAAGGGAGAGAAGCAGCUGCCCGUUUUGGACAAGACCAAGUUCCUGGUACCUGACCACGUCAACAUGAGCGAGCUGGUUAAGAUCAUCAGGCGUCGGCUGCAGCUGAACCCCACGCAGGCCUUCUUCCUGCUGGUCAACCAGCACAGCAUGGUGUCGGUGUCCACGCCCAUCUCCGAGAUCUACGAGCAGGAGAGAGACGAGGACGGCUUCCUCUACAUGGUCUACGCCUCGCAGGAGACCUUCGGCUGCUAGGGAGGGAGAGGGGGAAGGGGAGGGACGUCUUCAGGUGCCGGGAGAUUUGGGGGGAGAGGGUAGAGGGGGGUAGCGCUUGAGGGGAAAAGAGAGGUAUGUGGUGUCAGAACCGACCAGAAACCACCAAACUCCACGAUCCUCUCCACUUUGUCACAUUGCAGGCCCACGUAGCAACACCCAGUCAGUCAGUGCACAUGUGACAGACACCCCUCGUCCCUCUCUGUCAUAGUCGAGCACCUUUUUCAUAUUGGUCAGUAAGUACAACACUAGCUACAAAAGCCAGAGGACACCCCGCGUGUCCUUCCUGCCCUCAGAGUUGGAUCUCAGGAUCAUACCUGUGACAGCUCUGACUGCUUUAUUUUAUCUCUCGGUCCUGCUUUUUGGUCUCACGUGGACGUAGGUCUCUUAAUUUGGAAGGGGUGGGACAAACCAACCGAUGACUGUGGAGUUUGGAAGCUGUCUGUAAAGUUCCACACGAGCGCCACUGAUUGAUUGAUUUUCACCCCUGAAGCUACAAAUACAUGUGUCAGACGAGCUAAACUUGAAAGCGGGCAGUCGCUUGCAAGCCGGUCAGAGUUCAGGGUGUAAUCUGAAGCUUGGCCGAUGAAGUCGGCGAUGCCGCUGAGAGUUUAACGCCUCCGAUGCGUACGGAGGGGACAACGCAGCACGGCGCCGUCUGGUUCAAAACUACCCAGUAAUUGGCUGUGUCGGUCUACGUCCUCAUCAUUGCAACGGCAGUAGUACAAGCUAGAGGAUAGGUUUCGUAGUGAUUGUUGUUUUACCUUUUAACUUUUUUAACUCACAUUUUAGUUUUUUAAUUCUUGUCUUUUGUUUGAAUACUAUCUGUAGGUUAGUCUGUGUUGUAUAACUAGUUCUGAGUUUGUUUUAAUCAUACAUUUACCGUCAGCCUGAAGCUCAACUUGCCAACUCGCUACUGGCUACCGAGUAGCUGACAAUCGGGCUAAAAGUGACCGUAAUCCUGGUGAAGUUAUUAGCAUCUACGGUAAUUUUACACGUGCAAUAUUUUGUCCCGUCACGCCCUCGCAGGUUUGAAAGACACGUGAGAACAGAAGCUCUGUUGGGCAACGCGCUAAAUCAUAUACCAUCUGUCUUUGCGGUGCCGGUGGUCUGCCCGCAACACUACUCCACCCCCUCCUCUGUAAAGCUAUUGUAAUGUACAGAACUUAGCCACACGCUGCUACAUCCGGUCCGGCAGGUCAACAGCACGUUGGCAGCCGCUCUUCACAGGCCGACGUUUAUGUCUUUUUGCCCCGUAAGCACAAUACACCUUAGUAUCACCACUCACCUUCCUUCCUGCACAAGGCUCCCCCACAUUUAACCACGUUUAAUGUCACGAACAACCAGUCAGGUGAAGCUGAUUUAAAGCCCUAUCCGGUGGAUUGCGGGCAGUCGUUUGAACGAAAGCACGAGGGACGCUCUCUGUUUCAACAGUCGUGAAGUUAGAUGCCGGCUCGCUUUUCAUGCCUGGUUUGCUUUGUUUCGGAAGGAUUGUGUUUCCUAGAGUAGAAAGCACGAAUGUAGGACAGAAGAAUUUUCGAAAGCAAGCAGUCAUCAAGCUUGAAACUGACACUGUUGCUCAGGAGUGGCAGCACGGGAGGGGAUACUGUCUCCACGGUGGCAAACAAGGGGUCACGAGCAGUUACACUGGGAUGAUUACAGGACAGGAUGUUUUUGUUUCGACACGCUGGGGGAUUUUUUUUUUUUUUCCCCGUUUGGCCAAUAAAAUGGUCCCAUUUUGUAUACUGAGCAACGCUGACGAAGCCUGUGCUGGAAGCCAAGACGUAAUCAAAUCCCAAAUCCCAGAAGAGCUUUUCGGCUGAACUGAGGCGAACUAAGACCCUGGUUUAAUAUCGUUUCUCCACUGUGAGGGCCUUGUCUCCUCUUGGCCUCGUGUUACAGAGCUUAUAAGAUUGCUCCGUGUGUCAUGGUAGCAUAGAAUUGAGCAUUAUACAUAAUAAAGUGUAUUUAAUGUAGGAAAUGAAUGAGCUUCUUUUGCACAUAAAUUAAUACAAAUAUAAAAAAAGAGUUGGCAUAGUUUUUUUUAGGAAUUACUGUAUCUAUAUAAUUAUCUUUUUUGUAUCUGCUCCUCUUCUGUAGAGCGCCGCUGCUCUUUAUCCGUACGUUUGUCUGUCUGCCUUUGUUUAAUAAGACUUUAUAGACAAAAAAGGUUAUGAUGCACUACAAACCUUGCAUGUUUUGACUUUUUUUUUAUAAAUGUAUAUUGAUUUUACGCUAUAGAUAUAAUUGUAUUGUUUUAUUCAGAAAAAAAACCAAGUGUUUUUAGAUGUUUCCCAAACCAAAAACUGAAAAUAAGUGUAUGUGUAUGUUUGAAACAAACAAAAAACUGUGUGCGUAUAAACGAUCGUAUAAUCGAGCUGUAUUACAAAGUGUGUUUCCUUUAGGCUUUCUGACAUUGUCACUAUUUGGAGGGGUGUACAUAGAUGCAUUGCUACAACCUUAUUCAAAGCAUUUGCCAAUAAAUAAAUAAAAAAAGUUGCCUUUAAA